AUGGAUGUUGUCUUCUAUGAAGACUCAAUGUAUUUUUCCUCUGCGUCUGAACAUCAGGGGGAGUACCAGAACGAAAUUCAGACUCUAGAUUAUGAUUAUCACACUGUUGAGGACGGUGAUUCUAGUGUUGAUGACUCACAAGAUGGACCAGCUAAUCAGGAAUCGGGCGAAUUGGAUUCGAGUGGUAUAAGUUUGGAUCAAAGUGGUGAUGCACGCCCAGAAAUGGAAAGUAUGGCGCCAACCCCAUCAUCAUCCGAGUUUGAGUCCCUCACAACUGAUAUAUCAAACCAAUCGCAUGCUGAGGAUGUUCCUGCUUUAGUGCCUGAGCCAUUGAAAAAACAAUUACCACAGCGUCACACUAGAGUUGAACGCUUUAAAGCAAGAUUGGUAACAAGAGGUUACACCCAAACCUAUGGAAUCGAUUACACGGAGACAUUCGCACCUGUAGCCAAAAUCAACACAGUUCGAGUCUUGUUGUCUUUAGCUGCGAAUUUGGAUUAG